AUGGGGAAGAACGAGAAGACGGCUCUAGGUCGAGCCCUUGUGAAGCACCACAACCAUGUGAUCCAGGAAACAAAGGAAAAAGGGAAAUACUAUAAGAAUCAAAACAAGAAGGUUUUGGAAUCGGUGACGGAGGUUAGCGACAUCGACGCCAUCAUCGAGAACGCCGAAGAAGCUGAGCGGCUUUUCGCGAUUCAUCACGAGUCCGCCACGCCUGUGCCUAUCAAUAUGGACACAGGUUCGAGCUCAAGUGGUAUAACUGCUCAAGAGUGGAAGCAGCAACGGAAGAGAGAGGAGGCUUUACAUGCUAGUAGCCUUCAAGUGCCUCGAAGACCUCAUUGGACACCUAAAAUGAAUGUGGAACAACUUGAUGUUAAUGAGAAACAAGCUUUUCUCACUUGGCGCCGGAAACUUGCGAGCCUCGAGGAAAACGAAAAGCUUGUGUUGACACCAUUCGAGAAGAACCUUGACAUAUGGAGACAACUUUGGCGAGUGCUUGAACGAAGUGAUUUGAUUGUUAUGGUUGUUGAUGCUAGAGAUCCUCUGUUUUACCGUUGCCCUGAUCUUGAGGCAUAUGCACGAGAGAUCGAUGAGCACAAAAAAACAAUGCUUUUGGUAAACAAGGCAGAUCUUUUACCUUCUCAUGUCAGGGAGAAAUGGGCGGAAUACUUCUCCCGGAACAGUAUUCUGUUUGUCUUCUGGUCAGCCAAAGCUGCUACAGCUACCUUAGAAGGUAAACCUCUGAAAGAACAGUGGAGAGCACCUGAUACCUCUCAGAAGACAGAUGAUCCAGCUGUUAAAGUAUAUGGAAGGGACGAGCUUUUAGACCGACUGAAAUUCGAAGCUCAAGAGAUAGUAAAAGCGAGGAAAUCUAGAGGAGAAUCCACGGAAACUUCUUCCGACUCUCACCGAGAACGUGUUGUGGUUGGCUUUGUUGGCUACCCAAAUGUUGGAAAGAGUUCGACAAUCAACGCACUCGUAGGUCAGAAGCGAACAGGCGUUACAUCAACCCCAGGGAAAACGAAGCAUUUCCAGACAUUGAUCAUCUCUGAGGAGCUGAUGCUUUGCGAUUGCCCCGGUUUAGUCUUCCCUUCGUUCUCAAGCUCGAGGUACGAUAUGAUUGCCUGUGGAGUGCUUCCGAUAGAUCGGAUGACGGAGCACCGUGAAGCUGUUAAAGUUGUGGCCGAGCGUGUUCCUCGGCAGGCGAUUGAGGAAGUGUACAACAUCUCUCUGCCUAAACCUAAAGCCUACGAGGCUCAGUUCCGUCCACCUCUUGCCUCGGAGCUUCUGAAAACUUACUGCUUGUCUCGUGGCUACGUCGCCGCUAGUGGACUACCUGAUGAGACAAAGGCAGCUAGGCAGAUUCUGAAAGAUUACAUUGAAGGCAAGCUUCCACAUUUUGCAAUGCCUCCUCGAGAUGAUGAAAAUGAGACGGCGGGAGACGAAACAGGAGAAGGUGAAGAAGGUCCUAGUCGUGGUCAAGUUCUGGAGGAUCUGAGCUCGUUUGAUCUUGAAAAUGGGAUUGGAGCUUCGAAGAAGAAACAAGUGGAGUCGCAUAAACAGCACAAGAAGCCAUAG